AAAGAAACGAACAGAACAGAAAUAAAAGAAAAUUAAAUAUCGUCUACCAACACAGAGUAGUCCCGGACACAAUGACAGUACCAAGCCCUCAAGAUGUCACGGCAGGGCCUGCUCAAAAGGAACCAUACAUUAUUCGCGCGGCCAAAUCGACAGACGCCACUAGCAUUGCAAAACUAGGCGCACAUGUCUUCACCGUCUCAUUCGCGCACUCUGUAGCACCGCACGAGCUGGACGCCUUUUUAGAGGAGUCAUACACACCUGCAGCAAUCACCAAAGAUCUUGCAGCCGAUGCCACCGAUGCCGCCGCCGACGACAACAACAACAACAACAACAACAACAACACAACAAGGGAUAUCAUCGUCGCCACGGACGCGCAGGACGACCAGAUUAUUCUAGGCUUUGCCUAUCUCACCCGCGGCAGCACCGAUGCCUCAGUGGAUCAUCUGGAAAGCAAAUGCGAGCUGCAGCGCAUCUACGUACACCCUGCGGUGCAUGGAAGGGGAAUCGGUCGUCUACUAGCCACAAGAGUUGAGAACAUGGCUCGAGAACAGGGCUUCAAAAAUAUCUGGCUCGGAGUCUGGGAGGAGAAUGCGAAUGCCAUAAAGGCAUAUGAGAAAUGGGGGUAUCGACGAGUUGGCGACCACGAUUUUGUCAUUGGCACGGUUGUACAGACGGACUAUAUUAUGUUGAAGGACUUAUGAAUGAAUAACUUUUUUGGUUUUAAUGAUAUUUUUUCCCCUUAUAAUCUUCAGAAUGUGGAUUUGUGAAGUAAACUCUCUGCAGCUGUGCG